AUGAUAAUGUGGCACGACCUGUACAUGGUGAUGUCCGCCGUGGUGCCGCUGUACGUGGCGAUGGUACUGGCCUACGGGUCCGUGCGCUGGUGGGCCGUCAUCACCCCCGAGCAGUGCGGCGGCAUCAACCGCUUCGUGGCCGUCUUCGCCGUGCCGCUCCUCAUCUUCAAGGUCAUCUCCGCCACCGACCUCUACGCCAUGGACCUCCGCUUCGCCGCGGCCGACACCCUCCAGAAGCUCCUCGUCCUCGCCGCGCUCGCCGUAUGGUGUCGCCUCGCCCCCGCGCGCUACGGCCGGUUCGCCGGGCUGGACUGGUCCAUCACGCUCUUCUCCCUGUCCACUCUAACCAACUCGCUCAUCGUCGGCAUCCCGCUCAUCGCCCCCAUGUACGGGCCGCAUGCUGGACACCUCGUGGUGCAGCUCGUUGUGCUCCAGUGCCUCGUCUGGUACAACUUGCUCAUCCUCCUCUUCGAGUUCCGCGCCGCGCGGCUGCUCGUCGCGGGGAGGUUUCCGGUGAGCCUCGCCGCCGUGUGCGUCGACCCAGAAGUCGCGUCGCUCGACGGAAGUACGGCAGAGGUGGCACCAGACGGAACCGUGGGCGUCAAGACCGAGGCCGCCGUGCAGGAGGCCGGCACGACGGUGGAGGCCAACAAGGACGGCGGCGGCGCGACGCCACCGUUUGGCCUGAUGCUCCGGCUCAUCCUGCCGAUCGUGUGGCGCAGGCUUAUACGGAACCCAAACACGUUUGCCUGCGUCCUCGGCCUCGCUUGGUCACUCAUCAAAUUCCGAUUCCACCUCAACAUGCCGGCCAUCGUGGCCAACUCCAUCUCCAUCCUCUCCGACGCAGGGCUGGGGAUGGCCAUGUUCAGCCUGGGACUCUUCAUGGCCAUACAGCCCAAGAUCAUCGCAGGCACCAACACCGUCACGGCUGCUACCAUGGCCGUUCGCUUCCUCCUCGGCCCCGCGGUCAUGGCGAUCGCCUCCGCCGCCGUCGGCCUCCGAGGCACGCUGCUGCGCAUCGCCAUUGUCCAAGCCGCCAUUCCACUGGGGAUCGUGCCGUUCGUGUUCGCCAGAGAGUACAAUCUCCAUGCCUCAAUUCUUUGCACCGGGGUCAUAUUUAGCACGCUAAUAGCUCUUCCGGUCGCCCUUGUCUACUACAUAAUUCUUGGGCUACUAUGA